AUGUCUUCAGGUAAUGUCGUUUCAAGCUCUAAGGAUGGAAUAUACCUGACGCGACAUAUCGGGUUGAAAAGCGGUGUUCCUCAGAAUGUAGGAGCUCUAACGGUGAAUCGCCUCUGCGGAUCUGGAUUCCAGGCACUGAUCAAUGCUACACAGCAAAUCAAACUCGGUGAAUCGAAACUUGUUGUGGCAGGAGGUACUGAGAACAUGACUCAAACUCCAUUUGCUGUGAGAAAUGUCCGAUUCGGCACUGCCCUCGGAAUGAAGUAUGAGGUGGGUUCGGAAGCACCAUGCUUCCCCCAUCCCCAGUGUUUAGAGGAUGGAGUUUCCCCAUUUCAAUAA